UUCGCACGGGCAUUCAUAUCACUGCGGGAGGAAACGUGCGCGUCGAGUUGUGUGAUUUUUGAGUUUUCAGAACGAUGUUGUUAUCAAACGAAGAAUAGUGUGCACUUGUGCAAGAUAUUUACUGAACGAGUUAUCAAUGCAUUUCGAGAGUUGCUAUACUGCGUGGGACGUGUCAUUUCAUUUACGAAAGGAUGAGGGUUGCACGGCUGGUUAGACAAAUUAAACAUUCCGCUUAUCGUAAGAUUCGCCAAGCCACGAUCGGCGAAUGGAUUCUGAAGCUACUGUUCGUGUUCUCGUGUAUGAUCAUCACGGUGGUACUCAUAAUUCACAAGUACCAAAGUGUUUCCAACUUCAAGAAUGCCCUCUACUAUCGUUACGUCAGCGACGAGCCGUUCUUCAACGGUAGCCCUAGGAACGUCGACCGAUUGCGGGUCGACUGGCAUGACUAUGCAUAUAUCGAGUACGAAGCGGGUCGGGAAGGCCCGGGGGAGCACGGGAAGCCUCUCAAACUGUUAAAACCCGAAGACAUCAAGUUGAAUGAGAAAUUGUUCAAGGAAAAUGGCUAUUCCGCGGUGAUUAGCGAUAUGAUUGAGCUGAAUCGCUCGGUGCCAGACAUCAGACAUAAACAGUGUCGCAAAAAACACUACCUCCAAGAACUACCAACGGUCAGUGUUAUUGUUAUUUUCUACAAUGAACAUUGGAGCACGUUGCUGCGUACUGUUUACAGUGUGCUUAAUCGCUCACCACCACAUUUGCUGAAGGAAAUUGUUAUGGUCAACGAUCACAGUACCAAGGAGUUUUUGUGGGAACCCUUACAAGAAUUCGUUCGAACAGAGCUUGCGCCAAAGGUGAAACUUAUCAACCUACCAGAGCGGUCUGGGUUAAUUGCUGCUCGAUUAGCCGGUGCCAAAGUUGCCCGUGGAGAUGUACUAAUCGUACUCGAUUCACAUACAGAAGUCAAUGUGAACUGGCUUCCACCUUUGAUCGAACCCAUCGCCGAGAACUAUCGCACGUGCGUUUGCCCAUUCAUCGAUGUUAUUGCUCACGACACGUUCCAGUAUCGCGGUCAGGAUGAAGGUAAACGUGGUGCGUUCGACUGGAAAUUCUACUACAAACGAUUGCCUCUGCGGCCAGAAGAUAAAAUUGACCCAACGGAGCCCUUCGAGAGUCCCAUCAUGGCCGGAGGCCUCUUUGCUAUAAGUGCCAAGUUUUUCUGGGAGCUCGGCGGGUACGACGAAGGGCUAGACAUUUGGGGUGGAGAGCAGUAUGAAUUAAGUUUCAAAAUCUGGCAGUGUGGAGGAAGAAUGGUUGACGCACCUUGUUCCCGCGUGGGUCACGUGUACCGAGGGUAUGCACCGUUUCCGAAUCCCAGGGGAACCAAUUUCGUUACCAAAAAUUUCAAACGGGUAGCCGAGGUGUGGAUGGACGAAUACAAACAGUUUCUGUACGAGCGAAAUUCUCUGUUUGAUAAAACCGAUGCGGGGGAUUUGACGAAGCAGAAGGCUCUGAGAGAGAAGCUACAAUGUAAACCCUUCAAAUGGUUCUUAGAGGAAGUUGCUCCGGAUUUACUGAAGCGAUACCCCUUACGGGAUCCACUGCCAUUUGCAUCCGGAAGAGUGCAGAGUUUGGCGAAUCCUAAAUUAUGUCUGGACUCUCUUAACCACGGAGAAAAAAAACCAAUUGGAGUGUUUGGCUGUGCGGCGAAUAAAACCCAUCCUCAGAACAAUCAGUUCUUUUCGUUGUCCUAUUACCGAGAUAUCCGGGUUGCCAGCGUGGAAAAGUGCCUGGAUGCCUCAAGCGAUGAUUCGGAGGUAGUACUAUUCAACUGCCAUGAAUCACAGGGAAACCAACUGUGGAAGUAUGAUUUCGAAAAUAAUUUGAUUUUGCAUGGAAAGCCCGGCAGAAAUCAGUGCCUUGAUCUCGUGGGGAAGAAAGUGGUAGUAUCCAAGUGUGAUCAUAGGAAAAAGACACAACGGUGGGAGUGGGGGUUCGUGAACCUGACCAAUAUGGAAAAUUGGGAUAGUUAUGGAGCAAAGUUGUUGCCAUAAUCGUGGGUUGUUUGAUUUUUUUUUUGUUGUAAAGAAUUCUUUGCAGAGACUGUUAAUUGUAAAUAAAAUUGUAUGAUCCUCAUC